AUGACCGUUCCGGCAUCCGAGGACCCUCGGCAGCUAGAGGUGCAGCAGCUCUUUACCUAUUCGGUGCCUCACGAGCUACAGAUGCAGGAGGUGGCCGUCUCGGGUCCCGCAUCAGGCGAUGCCCUGAUGCAGCAAGCGCUCAGCAUGAUCGUUGAGAAGGGCUGGAUGAAGGUCUUGGAAGCGCCCUGCUGCAACGCUGAGGUCACUGCCCUGCGGCCGGGCCGCUACUAUGCAGUGCGGAUCUGCUGCACGCCGGUGGCUAUGGCACCGGGCGAGCCUGCGGUAGUGUUCCCCAGCCAGUGCUCGCAGCUGCAGGUGUUCCGCACGGUGCCCACACCUCCAGGGCCCAUGCAAGCGCCAGCGCUGUCGCAGCGGGCGCGCAACGCGCUCAAGCUCAAGUGGACGCUGCCCGAUGAGACGGGCGGGGAGCCAAUUUUGCAGUAUGUCUUGCAGAUGCAGCCGUCGCCUCUGAGCUGGGAGGGAAUGCCCAACACAGAGGGCUUUUUCGAGGUGUACAGCGGCGACGAGCGGUCCUUCAAGGUGGUCAAGCUGGCUCCCGGCAUGCGCUACACGUUCCGCAUCAUGGCGUACAACACACUGGGCCCCAGCCCCUGGAGCCUGUGCAGCGCUUUCUCAACACAGGCGUCAGUGCCUUCAGCGCCUGAGCCGCCAGUGCAGGUGGCCUCCUCCAGCGACUCUGUGACGCUGCAGUGGACGGCCCCGCCAGACAACGGUGCGGCCAUCAGCGGGUACACCCUGGAGGUGGACGACGGCCGCGGCGGCGAUUUCAGGCUGGCCUACACUGGCAGCAACACCAAGGCUACUGUGGAGGGCCUUCAGAGUGGGCUUCCGUUUCGCUUCAGGCUGCAGGCAGACAACAUCGAGGGCCGCAGCUUCUGGUCAACCCCAGCUGUCGCCACUACAGCUGCCACUGCGCCCUCCAUCCCUGGCGGCCUGGGGGCGAUCAGUGUCAGCUGCACGUCUGUGACGUUGGCAUGGCAGCCGCCAGCAGCAACUGGCGGCUCGCCCGUCACUGGCUACGAGGUGCAGCUGCAGGCAACAACACGCGCUGCACGUGACGUGCUGGGUGACGACUGGCUGAUCAUCUACGAUGGCCCCUCCACCGCCACCACCUUCAGUGCUCUGCAGCCGGGCUGCAGCUACAUGGCGCGCGUCAGCGCGCGUAACAAAGCCGGCCGCAGCUCCUUCAGCAUCGCCACGCAGUUCACUUCCGCUCCUGACGCGCCUGCGGCGCCGCUGCUGCAGGAUGCUGAUGUGGACUCAACGUCCCUGCUGCUGAAGUGGCAGCCGCCUCCCCACGACGGGGGUUCUCCCAUCGCCAGCUACCGCGUGGAGAUGCGCUGCAGCCCCUCACAGGCCAACGGCGGCCUUGAUGAGGCCAGUGUCAGCCCCCAGCACAGCCUCGCCCUCACGCCCCACUAUUUGACAAUAUACAAUGGCGCCGAGUGCUGCGUGCAGGUCACCGACCUGAUGCCCGGCACGACCUACCAGUUUCGCGUCAUGGCCAUCAACGGGCAGGGCGGCUCGCCCUGGAGCUCUGUGGGCAGCGCCACCACCCUUCCUUCGGUGCCGCUGCCCCCAGCUGCGCCCGCUGUAUCGGCCUGCAGCAGCCACAGCCUGCACCUCAGCUGGCGGGAGCCGUACGGGCAGGGCUCGCCUGUCACCAGCUACACCGUCAACAUGGCACGCCUGCCCACGCCGCGCCACGCCGCAGCCAAUGGCCACGGCCACGCAGCGUCGGUCUCUGGGGAUUCUGAGCACAGCUCUGCAGACAUGGACGCGGAGGCUGCGGCUGCCAGCUGCAGCGUCGGCGGUGAGGCGCAGCAGCGAUUGCGGUACGAGACGGUCUACACGGGGCCAGCUCUCAGCUGCGAGGUGCGCAACCUGGAGCCGGCCACCACCUACUCCCUGCGUGUGAGAGCGCACAACGCCAUGGGCGGCAGCCUGUGGGGCGACACCGCCACCCUAGUAACGGCGGCAGCGGCCCCGGGCCCACCUGGAUCGCUGGCGGUGGCAGCGGCUUCCGCGGGCGAGUUGCACGUCAGCUGGUCGCCACCGCUGCGCGACCACGGUUCUGUCGUCAGCGCCUACCUUCUGGAGAUGGCGGCGGGGGGCCGCGGUGGGGCCGGCUCUAUGGUGGGCGGCGCAGGCGGAAAGGCGGGUGGCGGCGGCGGCGGCAGCAGUAAAGCAGGGUCAUCGCAGGCGUGGUCUAAGGUGCGGUGGACGCUGCCAGCUGAAGAAAACGGCGCGCCGUUGACGGGAUACGUGCUACAGUCCCGCCCUGUCGGCAGCACCAGUGGCAGCAGUGGCGGAGAUCCCUUUGCUGACUCCUACGUGGGCAUGGAGAUGGGCGCACGCGUGACUGGGCUGGAGCCUGGGACGAGCUACGAGCUGCGGGUGGCGGCGCGCAACCGCGUCGGACAGAGUCCCUGGAGUGAGAUGGAGACGGCGGCGACCGCGCUGCGGCCCCCUACGCCUCCCACGAGCGUGGCAGCUGUGGUGAAUACUGGCCCGCCGUUAGUGCUGCGGGUGUCGUGGGCGACGCCCGCCGACGAUCCUGGAGGUUUGGCGGCAGAGGCGGUUGGGUACGAGGUGGAGGCGCUGUCGGGCACGGCGGCGCCCAGCGGAGGCGGUGGUGGCGCGGCGCUUCGGCAGCAGGUUGGUCGAGUCGAAACUGCGUCACUUGUGGGCCUUUCUCCUGGCUGCACUUACACCGUUCACCUGCGAGCAGUAGGUGCUGGCGGCAGCGGACACAGCGCGUGGAGCGAAAGCGUGCGCAUCUCAGUGCCCGCAGCUGCUUCGGCGGCUGCGGCACCGUCGGCAGUGGUUGGAGAAAGCAGCGGCAGUGGGGACCAGGCGGCAAGUGGCACAUCGGAAGACUUGGGCGCUUCAG